CUUUCCAUUGGUGAGUGAUUAGGCCGCUUGAUAAGCUACUUUCAAGUGAGAACAGACACCAAAAGAGUGCUUUCGAUAAGAAUACUGUCUCAGUUGUAUUUAGUCAAUUGAUCAAGGAAGGCAUUAGAGCGAUUGUUUUCAUCGUUUUGAUCAGUAUAAAGUGAUUUCUGUGGACAAAAUGACCCUGAAGUUCUGUGCUAACCUGUCGUUCAUGUUCACGGAGACUGGGAGUCUGCUGGAGCGCUACAAUUUGGCUCGUUUGGCGGGAUUUCGCGGUGUUGAGAGUGCCUUUCCGAAGGGUUUCUCCAUUGAAGACCUCUUGACGGCAAAACAAUCCCUCUCUCAGGUGCUAAUCAACAUUCGUACAGGUUCAGUUGCUGGAGGGGAAUUCGGCGUAGCUGCUCUUUGCGGAGAUUCUAACGAUCCUAACUAUCAGGAGGCUUUCAGAAGUGAUCUUCAGACAACUGUGGAAUAUGCCAAGGCUCUUGAGUGCAAGAAGAUUCAUAUUAUGGCGGGAAAAGUCUCCAAACCCACGGAGGAUAAUCGCAAGGUUUAUGUGGAGAAUUUGAAAUAUGCAGCCAAUGUUUUAGAAAAAGAAAACAUUGUGGGACUUAUUGAGCCGAUAAAUAAAUACGCAGUUCCUGGAUACUACCUCAACUCCUACGAAACAGCACUUGAUGUCCUGCAAGAAAUAAAUAACCCUCAUAUUCGCCUCCAGUUGGACUUCUUCCAUUUACAACAUAUUAAGGGUAACAUUACGCAUUCUGUGAAGGACCUUUUGCCCUUCGUUGGCCACGUACAAAUCGCCCAAGUGCCACAUCGCAAUGAGCCCAGCACUCCGGGAGAGAUUGACUACGAAUACGUCCUGAGGAUGUUGGCUGAGGAGGGCUACAACGGCUGGGUUGGAUGCGAAUACCAUCCCAAGACGUCCACCAACGACGGUUUGGGAUGGAUUGAGAAGUUCGGCUUCAAGUUGUGACGCGAGCAAAUGUCUUUUCGAUGAUCGUGAAUAAGCAAUGAAUAAAUAUCUUCCAAUAUGCAUA